CAAAAAGGCCGGUCGUCAGUUUGUUCAGACAGCUAUCCGCCCUCGGAUGUGUUACCCUCCUUCCAGAUAUUUGCAUAAUUUAGACGUGGAGUCGGUGGCAUGCACUUCUUACACCCUCCUCCCACCACACCAGCAUCCCCUCCUCCCAUCCUUCUCCGCCGGAUUCUUACAUUAGAGAGGCCCUAGCUUUAUGACAGACGGGUGGUCGGUUGACGUCGGUAAACUGUAAGCACUCGUCUCGCACCGCUCGUACCAAACGGGGCCCAAGAAGACACCCGUGUCGGACACAGGGUGGGCAGCUGCUCCAAACAAACACUUUCAGUAACAACAUCUCGGAAGAGAAAGGAAAGAGAAGGUUUGAAGGUGGAAACAACCAUCUCCGGCGCAACAGGUGAGCCAGCAUCCAGCAGCUUGCAUCUCGCAGGACGGAAACCGCUGGCGCGGCACGACUGCAGCAACAUCAUCAUGGCCAUGCCACCCCGUCUCCUCCUCGUCGCACUGCUGGCGUGCUGGGGGGCUGAUGUGGUGGCACCCGAGUCAGAGGCCGUUACAUGGUUAAAUAAUGUCACUGCUGAGGCCACGGUGCUAACCCAAGACUUGAGGAGGCUGCAAUGGGAUUUUUAUCGCAACGCUAGCGGCGGAGUCCAAGAACGGUUGAACUCCACUGUCUGGUCGUUGUCGACUUUGCUGACGAAUUCGACGCAACAUCUACAGCCAUCAACGAACGACACAACACUCAACAGAGAACUUCAGCUGCUGGAGGUCAUUUCAAAACAAAAUGUACCACAGAGAUUGCUGCUGGAACUGCAGAUGCUGGGGGAGGUGACAGCUGCAACCCGACAUAUUCCGGGUAUAACAGACGCUGACGUCAGGAGCUCCCAGAAACUUCUGGCUUCCUGGCAAGCGGUGCGCGAGGCCGUCAGCACCAGUCACGUCAGCCAGACUUACCAGGAGUAUGUCAAAGCUUCCGACUUCAGCAGCGACGACCUCAAGCAGCCCUCGCGCCUCAAUGUGACGUCAGAGGCGUCAGCACUGUAUCGCCGCCUUCACGCUUACGUCAGACGGGAGCUGAAGCGUAUCUACGGUCCUCACCGGUUGCCCGUUACAGGCCACCUGCCUGCGCACUUCGUGGAUGGAGCUGAUGGAGUUACCUGGGAAAGGUAUUAUCAUCUGCUGCGACCUUUUAAAGAUGAAGACGAGAACCUGAUGCUGGACAAGAUUUCGACAGUGGAGGAUCUGUUUAGAAGUGAAGACUUCUACACGUCUCUGGGGUUUCCCCGUCUCCCAGACAGUUUCUGGAAGUCAUCCAUUUUGUCAAAAGCAUCUGAUAACACCAGCCUCAUCGUCUGCCAUCCUCCGUCAGCUUGGGAUCUUUACAACAACGACUUUAGGGUCAUCGCUUGCCUAGAGGAAAACAACCCAGACAUGCGCACUGCUGUGGAGGUGAUGGGUGAAGUAUACAUGCUUCAAAUCAAGAAUGGACUUCCGUACACACAAAGAACAUCACCAUUGGACACAGGUGUUACAGACGCCAUUAAGGGGGCUCUCUCGCUGGCGUUUUUAACACCUGCGCAUCUCGCAAGCCUUAGUAAGACUGCAUCAACACUCAGCCAGACAGAGGUUGAACUCAACUUCCUGCUGCACACUGCCCUGAGUCGUCUCCCUUCGGCAACGUGGCAGUACGUGGUCAACCAAUGGCGCACCGCAGUGUUUAGCGAGCAGUUACCUCCCGUCCACUGGGAGGAAUACUGGUGGAAACUGAGAUGUGAGCAUGAAGGCGUGUCACCUCCUGUCACCCUGCAAGACAAGGACAGCAGUGCCUUUACCUCCCCUUCACUGCUUUUGAACGCGCCCUGGAUCAGAGACGAAGAAUUGGUCCUGACUCAGUUUCAAGUGCUCCGCGCCUUGUGUCGAGCUGCUAACCACACCGGGCCUCUUGCAUCCUGCAACAUCCAGGGUUCUCGGGAAGUCGGUGAGCUCAUCAGAAAAGCUUUUCGGGAAGAUUCUACACUGACAGCCUCUGACCGGCUCCGAAAUUUGACCGGCAGUAGCACCGGUGACGUCAGCGCCCUCAUGGAUUUCUUUCGGCCUUUGAACGAGUGGUUGUCCAUCACCGUGGACCCCGAGGACACUAAGUGGCUGGCCGUCUGUCCAGAUCCAACCUCGGGAAAAGUUCAGAGUGAGGACGCCAUGCGAGACUUCCUGCGUCGUCACGAAGACGAGGUCCGGCCACUCAUCACGCACCAGAUGGAGCUGGAGUGGAUCUACAGCACCAACAUCACCGACUACAACCAAGAAAUGCAGGUCAACGGCAGCCUCGUGCUGUCCCAUUACGCCAAGCGGUACGGGCGAGAAGCGGCCAUGUUUGACAUCAAAAACAUCAAGAACGCCACUUUGUAUCGUCUGAUGUCUCCCAUCGCUGACAUCGGCACAUACGCGCUGAAAGACGAGGCAAAGCUCAAGAGAUUAAGCGAGGUGAUGGCCACCAUGCUGGAGAUCUACUCUAAGGCGAAGGUUUGCCUGACCCCAGACACCUGCCUGCCCUUAGACCCAGAUGUGUCCGACAUCAUGGCCAAGAACCGUUCCUAUGACGGGCUGGCACAUGUCUGGACUUCGUGGAGAGAUGCCACGGGGCGCAAAAUGAAGGACCUCUACGCCGAGUUCGUGCGGCUGGGCAACGAAGGUGUCCGGACACUCGGUCACACAGACAUGGGAGAAUACUGGCGAUCCUUAUACGCAGACGACAACUUUCAGUCUGAGUUAGAGACCUUGCUACAUCAGCUGCAGCCCUUGUAUCAGCAGCUGCACGCCUACGUACGGAAUCGACUUUUGAAAUUUUAUGGCGACAAGUAUUUUCCAGCCACCGGCCACAUUCCAGCACACCUGCUCGGUGACAUGUGGGCCCAGCAGUGGCACAACAUCCUUGACCUCCUCGUGCCGUUUCCAGAGAAAGAGAGCGUUGACGUCACGCGCGAAAUGGUUCGCCAGAACUACACAGCACUUCUAAUGUUCAAGACAGCGGAAGAAUUCUACACUUCCAUUGGUUUGCCUGCGUUACCACAGGAAUUCUGGAACAAUUCCAUGUUUGUGAGGCCACAUGAUGGCCGGGAGGUGGUGUGCCACGCGUCUGCCUGGGACUUUGUUAACGGCAAGGAUUUCAGAAUCAAGAUGUGCACGGAUGUCACGAUGGAGGACCUCAUCACCAUCCACCAUGAGAUGGGUCACAUCCAGUACUACCUGCUGUACAAAGACCAGCCCUUUGGCUUUCAGGAAGGAGCGAACCCAGGUUUCCACGAGGCUAUAGGUGAUGUCAUAGCAUUGUCUGUUGCGACCCCUAGUCAUCUUCACAAGAUUAGACUUCUCUCAUCGCCAGAAACGGACAACGAAACUGACAUCAACUUCCUGUUCAAGACCGCCCUAGAGAAAGUGGCUUUUCUACCAUUUGGAUAUUUGAUUGAUCAAUGGCGAUGGAGCGUCUUCUCAGGGGAAACUUCUCCCGACAGUUACAACAGCAAGUGGUGGGAACUCAGGUGCCAGUUUCAAGGGAUCUCGCCGCCUGUGAAUAGGUCUGCAGACGACUUCGACCCAGGAGCCAAGUUUCACGUGCCAAAUAAUAUGCCGUACAUAAGGUAUUUUGUCAGCUUCGUCCUGCAGUUCAUGUUCCACAAGCGGCUUUGCGAAGAGGCUGGACAUAAGGGGCCGCUACAUCGCUGCGACAUUUAUCAGUCCGCAGCAGCCGGCAACCUUUUCAAAAAUAUGCUUCAGAAGGGAAGCUCUCAACCAUGGCAAGACAUUCUAAGAGACUUCAACGACCAGACCAAGAUGAGUGCCACCGCCCUCCUGGAGUAUUUCCAGCCUCUGACAGAGUGGCUCGCCAUUCAGAACAAGGGACUACCUGUUGGCUGGACACCACAGUGUCCUCCGGGCACAACUGACAAGAUUCGGGACAUCGGCCUGGCAAGAGGCUGGAUUCACCACUACAACACAGAGGCAAAGGUUAAGGUCAGAGAGCUCAACGAGCUGGCCUGGAACUAUGAUACCAAUAUCACAGACGACAACCAGAAGAAACAAGAUGAGGGUCAGUUUCUAUUCGCCAACUGGCAACAAGCCAUGGCAGCCGAUGCUGAAAGUUUCGACUGGCAAAACUUUGGUGACGACUCCUUGGUACGUCAGUUCCGGUUUGCCAGCGACAUAGGUACCUCGGCCAUGAAGAACGCCACGAAACUGAAAAGGCUCAAUGAACUUCAAUCAUCUCUCGAAGGCAUAUACGGCAAGGCGAAGGUGUGUGACGAUAACAGCAACUGCCUCGAUCUGGAGCCCGGCCUGACGCGGCUGCUACGAGAGUCACGUGACUAUGACAAGUUGUUGUGGGCGUGGCAAGGAUGGCGUAACGCCACAGGGCCCAAGAUGAAGGACGGCUUUGUGGAGCUCGUGGAACUCAUGAACGAGGCCGUUAAGCCCCUGGGGUACGCGGACUCUGGUGCAUACUGGCGUUCAUCCUACGAGUCGGAAACGCUGGAAAAUGACGUCGAACAGCUGCUGACGCAGCUGGCUCCGCUGUACAAGCAGCUGCAUGCCUAUGUGCGCCGCAAGCUGAUGGAGAUUUAUGGCGAGGACAGGUUUCCGUACUCUGGUCACAUCCCAGCUCAUUUACUCGGGGACAUGUGGGCACAGGAGUGGGGCAGCCUGAACGAACUCUUCAGACCCUUCAAAGACAAGGGUAGGACAGACAUAACCCCAGAACUUCUCCGCCAGGGUUUUACAGUGGAAAGGAUGUUUACUUUGGCGGAAGAGUUUUUCGUGUCUCUCGGCCUGGAACCCAUGCCACAGUCUUUCUGGCGAGAUUCGAUGAUGGAGAAACCUGAUGAUGGCAGGGAUGUCGUCUGCCACGCGUCUGCCUGGGACUUCGGCGACGGCAAAGACUUCAGGAUUAAGAUGUGCACGGACAUCACGAUGGAGGACCUCAUCACCAUUCACCAUGAGAUGGGUCACAUCCAGUACUACCUGCAAUACAAAGAUCAACCUUACCUGUUUCAAUCGGGCGCUAACAGCGGUUUUCACGAAGCCAUCGGGGACACCCUGGCCAUGUCGGUCGCCACGCCUCGUCACCUACACAAGCUGCAGCUGCUGCCCAGUGCGGAUGAAGACGAAGAAACGACAAUCAACUAUUUGAUGAGCAUCGCUCUAGACAAAAUCGCGUUUCUGCCAUUUGGAUACUUGGUCGACCAAUGGCGCUGGAGAGUCUUUUCAGGGGAGACAACUCCAUCUGAGUACAAUGAUAAAUGGUGGCAACUACGGUGUAAGUAUCAGGGCGUUUCACCUCCUGUUGCCCGCUCGAGUGAGGACUUUGACCCUGGCGCCAAGUACCACGUGGCAGCGAGUGUACCUUACCUCAGGUACUUUGUGAGCGGUGUACUGCAGUUCCAGUUCUACAAGGCGCUGUGUCAGGCAGCAGGACACACAGGGCCACUGCACACCUGUGAUUUCUACGGUUCGCAAGAAGCAGGACAAGCCCUGAGCAAGAUGUUGCAGCUCGGCUCAUCGCGGCCUUGGCCAGAGGCCUUGGAGAUGCUCACUGGCACGCGCCGAAUGGACUCUGGGCCCCUGAUCGAGUAUUUCCAGCCUCUGGUUGAUUGGCUGAGCAAAGAGAAUGCCGGGUACGAGGAAGGGUGGCGGGAGGAGUGUCCACAGACGGAGCAGGAAGACGCCGGUCGCUGGCUAAAGGAAUAUGACCGGAAGUUGCAGCAGUACCGGGUGGCGGAAGUGACGUCAGAUUGGAAUUACGAAACAAACAUCACAGAGGAAACCUCCGAACGAUCGGUGAACGCUUCAACUCAGUUGGCAAUAUUUCAAAGGGAACAAGCAGCAGAGGUGCAGAGGCGAAACUGGACGAAUAUUCCUGACGCUUCCAUGCGACGUCAGUUCCAGAUGCUGACGAACAUCGGUCCCAGUGCUCUUAAGGACCAGGCCAAGGUGGAGGAGAUGGAGACGCUUCAAUCAAAAAUGGAAGGCAUCUAUGGGGCGGGGAAAGUGUGUCUGGAUUCGCCAGAUCACUGUCUUUCUCUAGAGCCAGAUUUGGAGGACAUACUCGCCAACAACCGAAGCUACGACCGUCUCUUGGCCGUCUGGAAGGGCUGGCGAGACGCGACAGGGCCGGCCAUCAAGCCCCUGUACCAACAGUUUGUUGCCCUUAGCAACGAGGGUGUCCGGGAGCUGGGUUAUGCCGACACUGGAGAGUACUGGCGGUCUUUCUACGAAUCAGAGACCUUGCAGUCAGACCUGGAAGGACUGCUGGAGCAGCUGUCGCCGCUGUACACACAGCUGCAGGCCUACGUCCGCAGCAAACUGAUGCACGUUUAUGGACCUGAAAGGUUUCCGGCCUCGGGACACAUACCUGCACACCUCUUAGGUAACAUGUGGUCUCAGGAGUGGGGAAACAUCUAUGACUUAGUGCAGCCUUACCCCAACAGGACCGCCAUUUCUGUUACUAAAGCCAUGACUGACCAGGGCUACACGGUUGAGAGAAUGUUCAGAACUGCCGAACAGUUUUUUGUCUCACUGGGACUGGAAUCCAUGCCAGAAACCUUCUGGGCAGGGUCCAUGCUGCAGAAGCCGGCUGACCGUGAUGUCGUCUGCCACGCCUCUGCCUGGGAUUUCUACGAUGGUCGAGACUUCAGGAUCAAGAUGUGUACAUACAUUACUAUGGAAGACCUGCUAACAAUCCACCAUGAGAUGGGGCACAUCGAGUAUUUCCUUCAGUACAGACACCAACCUCAAAUGUUUCGCGAUGGAGCUAAUCCAGGUUUCCACGAAGCUAUCGGAGACACCAUAUCUCUGUCGGCGGCCAGUGCUGGGCAUCUCCGGAAAAUUGGGUUGCUGGCGGAAGGAACCGAUAACUACAUGGACGAGGUCAAUUUUUUGAUGAAAAUGGCGCUGGACAAGGUGGCUUUCCUGCCCUUUGGUUACUUGAUUGACCAAUGGCGUUGGAGAGUCUUUUCAGGAGAGAUUACUCCGGAGAGCUACAACAGCAAGUGGUGGCAGUAUAGAUGCCAGUACCAGGGCGUUUCGCCGCCUGUUUCACGAAGUGAAGCGGACUUUGAUCCGGGUGCCAAAUUCCAUGUACCCGCCAACUCACCUUACAUCAGUUACUUUGUAGCCCACGUGCUCCAGUUCCAGUUCCACCAGGCCCUGUGUCAAGCGGCAGGCCACACAGGCCCGCUCCAUCAGUGCGACAUCUACAACUCGUCGGCGGCCGGUCAGAAAUUAAUGGAAAUGCUGCGACAGGGAGCCUCUGUCCCGUGGCCGGAUUUGCUGGAAAAAAUGACCGGGACUCGCCGCAUGGACGCCAGUGCACUGCUAAACUACUUCCGGCCGCUCUACGAUUGGCUGAGAGAAGCUAACAGCGGGGAGCGACUCGGGUGGACUCGGCAUUGUCCGGAAAACGAAGCGGUGAACCAGAAAACUCCGACUCCUACUCCUAAUACGACUUGUAAAAACAGUGGAGUUGCUAUGAGACAUGAUUUAAAAACUGUUUUUGUAACUGUGGUAGUGUCGCUGAUAGUAGUUUUGUUGAUGCAAAGACAUGCUUGUUGAUCAUUGUAACCAGAAAAAAAAAUUGAAACCAACGGGUCCAUUAAACAAUUCGAAACUAC